AUGAAUGUACAAAAACGACUAACAACAGGAAUUAUUCAAUUAAAUCUAUCAACAUCGAACAAUCAUUUAACAUUAAAAAUUUUACAAGUUAAAGGUAUAACAUCAUAUAUAUCAAAUAUUCUUGUUAAAAUAACAUUUAUACCUGAUCGACAUCCGUUAGAAUGUCAUACUCGUACUAUACCUUAUACAAAUGGUCGAGGAAUUUUUAAUGAAAAAUUUACAUUUGAAAUAAAUGAUGAUGAUAUACAUAAACGUUUAUGUUUUUCUAUAUAUAAUUAUAAACAAGAAACAAAUCAAAUGAUAUUACAAGGUUGUUUAUCAUUUGGAAUACGAAAUACAUUAAAAAAACAAAAUAUUCAUGGAUGGUUUUAUUUAUUACAAGAAGAUAUUGGAGAAUUACGUCAUAAACAAGUAUUAAAUCAACAAGAUAAACAAGUCACAAAAAUAAAUCGAGAUAUUGCAGAUUUAGAAGAAUAUCGGUUUCUAAUUUCACGUGGUAUAAAUGAUUCAUUUGGUUUUACUGUUGUUGGUGAUAGCCCAACAUUUAUUGGCAAAGUUAGUGAAAAUAGUCCAGCUGCUUCUUGUGGACUUAAAUCAGGUGAUUAUAUUGUUAAAAUUAACGGUCAAAAUGUAUCACGUGCUCAACAACGAACUGUAUCAAAUAUAAUAAAACAUUUAAAACAUUCAGUUACAUUAGAUAUUCAUCGAUAUCCAAAUAUUCCAUCAACUCGUAAUAUAUUUUCAUUAGUUUCAUCCUCUGAAACUUUAUCAUCUGAAGAAUCUUCAACAUGUAGUGAUCCAUCUAUAUCAUAUCAAGGAAAAAAUUUUCUUCCUUCAUCUCCACAAUCCAGUAGACAAUUUAUUGAUCUAGCACAAAUAGGACAUUACAUCGAACCAAAAUCAUUCGUUCGACAAACAACAAAAAAUUCUGGUAAACCAUUUUAUGAAAUGACAAACUCAUCAAUGCUUGCUGUAAAAGGUUCACCAACAAAUACAUUUAUUUAA